ACAAACUACGAUGCCUAAGUUGUGAAGAACGAUGCUGAUUCUAUUGAUGACCACGUCUUUGUUUCUUGGGCUUGUUUGCGGGGCUCAGUACGACUAUGGCGCGUACGACCACAACAGAGACGCGUUCAGACCGGGCAGGUUUCCCGACGGCUUCAUCUGGAGCACGGCCACGGCGUCCUACCAGAUCGAGGGCGGCUGGGACGCGGACGGCAAAGGCGAGUCCAUCUGGGACAGGUUCUCCCACACACCCGGUAAGGUAGACCGCGGGGACACCGGAGACGUGGCCUGUGACAGCUACAACAAGUACCGAGAAGACGUGCAGCUCAUCACGGGCAUGGGUCUGCGGUACUACCGCUUCUCUCUCUCGUGGACCCGCAUCUUCCCCGAUGGCACCUCAACAAGCGGUCCCAACCAAGCUGGGGUUGACUACUACAAUAAUCUGAUCAACGAGCUCGUACGUAACGGCGUAACUCCGAUGGUCACGCUUUACCACUGGGACCUUCCACAGAACGUACAAGACACGUACGGAGGGUGGGUGAGCGAGGGCGUCGUUCAACACUAUAACGACUACGCGACGUUCGCGUUCCAGACGUUCGGUGACCGGGUGAGGUACUGGCUGACGUUUAACGAGCCCUGGGCGGUGUGUUAUGUGGGGUACGGGUUAGGAAUGCACGCUCCGGGCAUACAGGACGAGCGCAACUCUACUUACCUCUGUGCACACAACAUACUGAAGGCCCAUGCAGGUGCGUGGCACACUUACGAUAGAAACUUCAGAGCAGACCAGAGUGGACAGGUCAGCAUCACGCUCAACUCGGACUGGGCGGAACCCCGGGACCCUGACCGGGCGGCAGACGUCAUGGCCGCCGACCGGUUCCUGCAGUUCUACCUGGGCUGGUUCGCAAACCCCAUCUACAGCGAGACAGGCGACUAUCCCGCGGUCAUGAAGGAGACCAUGCUAGCGAAGAGCCAGGCGGAGGGUCUGCGGGAGUCUCGCCUGCCACAGUUCACACAAGAGGAGGUCAACUUCAUCAGAGGAACCUCCGACUUCUUCGGCCUGAACCACUACACCACACGGAUCAUAGAGGAUAACGUGGUCGUCGGCGCGGCACCAGGGUACACGAACGACAGGGACGUGGCACAGUACACGGCACCUGAGUGGACCAGAGCUCAGUCUCAGUGGCUGUAUGAAGUUCCCUGGGGACUCCGCAGGCUACUCAACUUUAUCAAGCUGAACUAUGGUGAUCCCGAGGUGCUGGUGACUGAGAACGGGCGGUCUGACGGGGAUGUCACGCCCCCUGUCAUGCAGGACAGGAACCGCAUCUGUUACUACAUAACCUACAUCGACGAGGUUUUGAAGGCUAUCUCCGAGGACGGAGUAAAGGUGCGAGCCUACACCGCCUGGUCCCUGAUGGACAACUUCGAGUGGGCCCGAGGGUACACAGAACGCUUCGGGCUGCACUACGUCGACUUCAACGACCCCAACAGACCCCGAACAGCCAAACAGUCCGCAGGUGUCUACAGGGACAUCGUCGCUAACAACGGCUUCCCUGAGGGAGCAGACGUCACCAGGCUGGCGGGGAACAUGUGGCGUGGGUGCCGAGGGGCGGCGGUCACCACGUCCGCUAACAUCGCACUAUUAGUUCUGUCAUUCAUCAUGGCUGGAAUAUAUGGCCUUAUCAAAAUGUAGCUGUGCGGUGGCCUCAGGAUUUGUGGCAAGCCUAAUAGUAUAUUAUAUGCCCAUUUAAAGGCCCAUUAUGUAACUUUUUGACAAUACAAAAAGUACAUUUUCCAGGGUUUUUUUUUUGCAUAGUAAGUUGACUUUACCCUUUAGUAUAUUCCAGAGCGAUAUUCAGCAAUAGAAAAUGCAACAUCUUUGCUCCAUACAAGCUUGGUAGAAAACUGAAAAAUCUUCUAUUCAAAGCUCUGGCCACACCGUACAUAUGGUUGACCACUGCCAGUGGUGUGGCCUACCUCCCAGUGGGGUGUCUGUUGACAGUAAAGUUACAUAAUGGGCCUUUAAGGGCAAUUUUAGGAAUUGCACAUUUAUUUCUGUAAUGUCCGCGGGUGUCUAUACUCUAUAGCUAGUUAAGUUAUGGUGUCCCCGCCAAACGGUUCUUGAGUUAUUCUCCUUAAACGAUACAACACAAUUUCUGCAUCUUCAAAACAAGUUGCUGGGGGGGGGGUCACUUCUGCUCAAGCACAAUGGAUAUUUACCAUUUAAAAUUUCUGCCCAAAUCACGAGAAUUUGCGACUAGAAGUUUUAUUGCAAUACCAUAGCACGUCGCUAGGGAGCCAAGUAUACCAUUUUCACUGAUCAACAACACAUACAACUUCGACUUGUCGAAGAUCAGAGUCAACUAGUGGCACCUGGUAUGGCUAUAUCAUUCUUAGUAAAUACAAGUACCCAUUGCAUUCUGUUCCAAUUUGUAAAACAUAGAAGUAAUGUCC